AUGUGUAUUAAAAAAGUUAAUUUAAUAUCAAUUUUGAAAUUAAUAGAAUUUAUUUUACAAAUUCAAAUUUUUUAUAGAUUAAAAAUGAUAGAAGAGGUUACUGUUAUAAAAUUAACAAAUUAUUUUAUUCAUCUGUUAGUGAUCUUUACGAAAAUUAAUAGAAUAAUCAUAGCGAUUGGAAAAGCUAAAAAGAAAACAGUAUGA